AUGGCCGCUGCCGCGCGUUGGAAGCGCAUGUCGCUCCUGAUCAAUGACGGGGCAGCUUUCCUGUUUUCGGCAGUUGACCACUCCGCCAAGGUUGCGAGGCCGCCUCCAUCUUGCGCUGCAUUCACGCGGGCUGCUGUGGGAGAGCAACAUGUCGCACUACACAGCGCUGAUGGAGAGGUGCACAUCUACCCCGUCACCCUGGCGAUAUCCGGAAAGGAUGUCGUGCAGUUACCCGGCGUCAUUCGCGACGACUGCCUCCACUUCGCUCAGGUCGCGGCCGGGGCGCGCUUCGCGGUGACGCUGCGAUGCGACGGCGUGAUCCUCGUGUGCGAGGGCGAGCGCCUCACCUCCCUUACUAUCAGCGAGGGAGCGGUGGGCUUCCUAAUCGCGGCCUGGGGCGAUGCAAACGGGAUCCUUAACGACGGCAUCUUGCAGAUCAUCAGCCCGAACGACGUGGGCCUGUGCGACCUACCAGAUCUCGAGGAUAACGUGAAGUUCACGGAGAUCGCAGCCGGGUGA